AUGAUGCUAAACAAUGGCUCUCUAAGUCUUAAUACUGGUCUGUCUAUGGAAAAACCUGAGGCAUAUCACAGGGCCUUUGGGCAUCUUAGUGGUGAGAACCAGACAAGGAGUUCUAGUUGUGAUCAUGAUCAGAAGACUCCUCAAAAGGUCACUCAUGCUGAUAUGAGUCAUGGUAACAGACAUUCUACUGUGUCUAGAAGUUUACAGGAUGUUUUCAUUAUGGUCAGCCUGGUCAUAAAAGAUAUUGUUACAAACGUUUGCAAAAGACAGUUAUUUGGAGAAAUGGCUGAAGAAACAGAACGAGUUAACUGCAUGAACUUCUACAACAAGCUAAGCAGUGAUGGUUUGCUGAGUGUUUGA